GCGCGAGGUGACGCGACCUCGUGACUGACGCGACUUGCGUCGAUGUUUGUGUAUUUCCUCGCGUCAACUGUCGCGCAUACUCCCGAGAUGCGCGUAGAUAAAUAGUCCGCGCUACCCCCUCCCCGCGCUUUCCCCCCUCCCCCGACUUUUCUCUCAUCCCAUACGCGCUUACCAUGAACGCCCCCCUAGACGUCCCGCGCCUCUCGCGCACCAACUCUGCCUCCAGCGUUUCAUCCAUGGACACUGUAGCGAGCAGUGACACUGUCGUGUGCACGGACGGCUGCGACACUGGGGGACGGCGAACGCGAAAACGGUUCACCCACGUCCAGCUGAUGAUGCUCGAGCACUUGUACCACCAGACCUCGCAUCCUACGCGCGAACAGCGCGACGCGGUGGCAAAACAGGGAAACAUGGAGACACGCUCCGUCACGAUAUGGUUCCAGAACAAGCGGCAGACGGAGCGUCGCGGUCGCGCCUUCAUCACAUCUACGAGCCGUCCCCUCGUCUCUUCAAGUGACUCUCCUUUUUCCACCACGUGUGGGAAGACAAUUCAUUCCGUGCAGAACUCGGCUGGUACGCGAGUCCUCACGCGCUCCGCCUCCGACGUCGGGCCCUCCAGCAGAGCCACCUAUUCACAAGACAUAGGCACGCGGACGCUGGAGGCUCAAGCCACAUCUCCCGCACCUGAAGGGAAACGAACCCAGCGUGUCGCACGCCAUCUCUCUCUCGAUGACAUCGCCUCUCGCAGCGAACGUCCUCACCCACCGGACGCGACGACGGCGACGCCGACGCGCUCUGUCCCCGCAAUAUUCCGCACUCCUCCGCGCCCGCGUCCACCCUCCCUAUGGGAGAACAUGCUUUCCUCUCCUGUCGCGACCUCGCCCGACCCGAAGGCGGACCGCGCCAUGCUCGAGUUCGUGCAACAGCGCGUCAAGCGCAGCCGCACGCUCGAGUGGGCAUGUGCUGCCGCACGUGUCGGCACGCUUGAGAGUAAAACGAAAGAGGUGUCGGAGAGUGAGGACGCACUGACGUUGGACCUGGGGGAGGACAGCGACGAUGGGGAAGUGCAUGAGGCGCUCACACCGAGCAGCAGUCAGACAUCCAUCGAGGACGUUGACGGAGUCUGCAGUAUCAAAAAUAUCGGUCGAGAGCAUAACGUACCAAUUCGCCUCGAGCGAGGAGGAAGCAUGGAUUAUCGCAUACGCAAGGCAGCCGCGGACAAGAGGAAAGGAUGUGUCGGGGCACGACGAAUGCGCGACGAAGACAUGAUGGAUGCCGCAUUGGCACUAUGUGGCCUUGGGAAGCUCAAGUGAGCCCAUAUAUGUUGUAUGGCAAAACGGAAAUGACCACAUCGAUUAUGGCGAUAUUAUAGUUGUAUGUAUGU